GAGAGAGAGGGGGGGGGGCAGGCAGAAGCAGAGUGAGGACGGGAGAGAGGGGACAGACAGAGAAAACAGCAAUCCGUCUCCGUUGGCUGUUCUUGUUAAAGCUCCAUCCUCGACACACAGCGCUCCUUUCCCCAGUCAGUAAAAACCUGAAGAACUAUGAUUGAUAGACCCAUCUCCCAAUUCAAGGUGAUUCAGCUGGGAAAAUAAAACAUUUGUGACCUGUACAUCCUACACCUUCUCCAGAAAAAUGAGGACUAUCUUACUGGGCGUUGUAUGGCUCUGUUUUGGCCUGUCUCUGGAUGCUUUGUCUUUGAAUGGACGGAGGAUAGAGACAGUAGAUGGAAAAGUAAUGGAAGCAGCGACCAGAGGUGAGAAGCUGCUCAAAAGAGUGAAACGAGGCUGGAUGUGGAACCAGUUUUUCCUGCAGGAGGAGUAUACAGGCAAUGACUACCAGUACAUUGGCAAGCUCCAGUCGGACCAGGACUACGGCAAUGGCUUAGUCAAGUACGUUCUGUCCGGUGAGGGGGCAGGCACCAUCUUUGUCAUUGAUGAGAAUAACGGUGACCUGCAUGCCACUCACCGCCUGGAUCGUGAGGAGAAGGCUUUUUAUAUCCUCAGAGCCACAGUGGUCAACAAACAGACAGGUCAAAAGCUGGAGCCAGAGACCGAGUUCACUGUCAAACUCCACGACAUCAACGAUAAUGAGCCUCAGUUCAGCAAAGAAGUUUACACCGGCAGUGUACCUGAGCGGUCUGACAUCGGUACAUCAGUUAUCCAGUUGACAGCUACAGAUGCUGACGACAGUAUGUAUGGGAACAGUGCCAAACUGGUCUACAGCAUCAGCCAGGGACACCCUUACUUCUCUGUGGACCCAAACACAGGUGUGAUCCGGACAGCCUUGGGUCCUGGUGACAUGGACCGUGAGCAGAGGGAGCACUACCAGGUGGUGAUCGAAGCUAAAGAUAUGGCCGGACAGAGAGGAGGGCUCACUGGAACCACCGUGGUUAACAUCACCCUCACUGAUGUCAAUGACAACCCUCCCCGUUUCAUUCAGAGUAUUUACCAGUUCAGAGUUCCUGAGUCGUCCAAAUCUGGCACUCCAGUUGGGAGAAUUAAAGCCACUGACAGAGACAUUGGGAAGAAUGCUGAGAUGUAUUUCACCAUCAUCAGUGGAGACGGCAUAGACAUGUUCGACAUCUCCACUGACAAAGAGACCCAGGAGGGAGUCAUCACCGUCAGCAAGCCUUUGGAUUAUGAGAAGAAGCCGUCUUACACAGUUGAGAUCCAGGUCCAAAACACCCAGGUGGAUCCUCGCUUCAUGUCUGCAGGCUCCAAAGACAUGGCCACAGUUCGGAUUGGCGUGGAGGACGUGGAUGAGCCGCCGCUAUUCGACAAAGCCAGCUAUCUGAUGGAGGUGAAGGAAGAUGCUGCAUUGGGUGUGGGUGUGGGCUCAGUCAGCGCCAUGGACCCUGAUGGAGCUCGCAGCAUGGUCAAGUACUCUAUUGACCGUCGGACUGACAUGGACCGCCUGUUCAAUAUACAUCCAGGGAAUGGAUCUGUGUUCCUGCUCAAAAGCCUGGACAGAGAGGAGACUGCCUGGCAUAAUAUUUCAAUCAUAGCCACUGAGUUCAAUAAUCCCCGUCAGAGCAGCCAUGUUCCGGUCUACAUCCGCCUGCUGGACAUCAACGACAACGCUCCCACAUUUGCCACUGUGUAUGAAACCUUUGUCUGUGAGAGGACUAAGGCUGGUCAGCGGAUCCAGACAGUGAGUGCAGUCGAUGCCGAUGAGCCGUCAACAGGACACAAGUUUUUCUUUAGCCUGGCUCCUGAGGGGACCCACCGCAACAACUUCACUGUCCGAGACAAUGGAGAUAACACUGCUGGCAUCCUAACACGCCGAGCCAGCUACAGCCGCCUUCACCAGAGCAUCUACCUGGUUCCCGUGGUGAUCACCGACGGCGACUACCCCAUGCAGAGCAGCACAGGCACCCUCACUGUGAGGGUGUGCACCUGUGAUCGUGAAGGCAACAUGGAACUGUGUAAUGCAGAGGCUCUGAGCAGCUCUCCUGGUCUCAGCACUGGAGCUCUCAUCGCCAUCCUACUGUGUGCCAUCAUACUGCUGAUGAUCGUGGUCCUGUUCACAGCAUUGAAACGCCAAAGAAAGCAGGAACCUCUCAUCAUUUCCAAGGAGGAUGUCCGGGACAACGUGGUGAGCUACAAUGACGAGGGUGGAGGGGAGGAGGACACCCAGGCUUUCGACAUUGGAGCACUGCGACACCCGGACACUGCCGCCACCUUGGAGGAGUCCGCCAAACAAAGGCGUGACAUCAUCCCCACUGACACCCUGCUGUACCCACCACACCGCUGCCCUGCUCCCCCUGUUUCUUGCCUCAUCAUGCCACCAGUCAGUAUGGCGUCACGGGAUAACAGGGACGUACGCGAGUUCAUCAAUCAGAGAGUGCUGGAGAACGAUUGUAACCCGACGGCACCGCCGUACGACUCUCUGGCCACCUACGCUUACGAGGGAGCAGGCUCAGUGGCCGAGUCACUGAGCUCACUGAGUUCAGCAUCAUCUGUGGCUGAGCAGGACUACCACUACCUGAGUGACUGGGGGCCCAGGUUCAGGAAACUAGCUGACCUGUACGGGGCUGAGGACAGUGACUUCUCCUAACAAAGACACCACAAACACACACACUCACUUCCAUUUCAAAGACAAGUUCAGGAAAGAUUUUGACGAAUGCAGGGCAGAGGACAGCAACAUCUAACUACCACAAACUCAACUUGAUACUACCUGAUGAUACUGAUGAGCUUUGAGAAAAUGUGAGAACUUAUACAAAUGCAGACACACACUCCACAUGAUGAGCCAACAGAUGUGCUGGCAGAUAAUUCCAUUCCAAGAGAACGCCACCUGAUCCUUGACCUGCACAUGGAUCCAAAAAUGCUUACCAAGUCAUUUUUAAAAGGGGACAUAAGUCUUAAAUAUCUGAUUUUGGGAAUGAGAACUAAUUGAUGUAGAAAAGAAAAUUAACUAACACAAUUGUGGAGCCCUAAAAUCUUCAGUUCCACCAGUGUGAACCUCUAUAAAGGCUCAUUUCAGGCCUGAAUGGACUUUUGAAUCAAAAUUAGACUGUAUUUUGUAUUGAGAAUUUGACUUUUAAUACUUUCAGGCUUUGCUUUAAUCUCUCCUUGGUUACCAGAUAACCAUUUUGCAGAGGGUUUCUUGUGGCUUUACAUGUGUCAUUCAAGGUAAACUGAGGAGGAAAGCAUUGGGGAUCCAGGUCAGUCAACAAAACCCCAGUGUAGUUAUUUCAGGGCUGGAUCACAAACACUUACCUCUGCAGAUAUGGAGUGAAGAGUGUGGACAAGACAAGUUUUUUUUUCUUUUUGACUAAGUGCCCUUCUGCUUCCCUUCGACCUGAACUGUGGACACCUGUAGGUUGGCUGAGAUUGGAGGGGGCUAAUGACUCUUACAUAAUUGCUUUUUGUCUUUUUUUCUGUCUUAUACAAAAGGACCAUUCCAGAGGAGCUGUUCUAAAGGAUCCUCACUUAAAGAUCGCCUUCUUCGGGAUACAGAGUAAAAGAGGACAACUCAUAUGGCUAAAUGCACUGAUUUCUUUAUGUUUUAUGCAGGUUUUUAGAUUUUUGUUGGGGUUUUUUUUGUGCUGCACACAAAAAGAAGAUAUAUGUUCAUGGCAUCAUUUCUAGACUUUCAGCUCUUGAUUAAGUGUAAAUUGUGUCAGAAACUUGGUUGAACUGAGUCAUAUUGGGAGUAUACUAAGUUCUAUAAAUCUUUAAUUUUUUGUUUUUAAUAAAAUAUAACUUCUGAUAUCAUACAGUUGUUGAACAAUGUUAAAUAAAGUAUUUUCAUUGAGAAUAUGCUUUAUAUUUACAUGAGGGACAUGGGGAAGCCCUCCCUUCAGAGUAGAGCUGUCACUUUUUAUUAAAAUAUUCUGACUACUGUUGGAGGCUGAAUUAACUUACUAAAUUACCUAUGUUUAAGCGCAUCAAGCCAUUUAUAAGGCAAAGAUUGUGGGUUUGGUCAAAUAUUAAAGCUGCACUAAUCAAUAUUUUUAUAAUUACAAUGGAUCAAAUGACUACAUAUAAUGUGAAUGGAGAGCGUUUUAGUGUCCUUCAGGUCAUUGUUUUGGUUUUCCGUCCUGCAAUUUUACUGUUUUGAUUGAGAGUUAGCAACUGUUUUCAACACUAAACGGCAGACAGACACAGUUAGCAACUAGUUGGUGAACAUAGCUGCAUUAAGCAGGUAAGAGCCAAAUAUUUUUCUCAAGAGUUGGUCGAGACCAAACCAGAGCUAAAAGGAGAGUGAAUAUUAGACUUACAUUCAUCAGGUGGACACAAACGUAAUCCAAAUGGAUGCUAAUCAGAAUUAGAAAUACUUUAUUGAUCCCCGAGGGGAAACUCUUUCGUUACAGCUGCUCACUAUCAUGUCAGUGCACACAGGAAUAGAAGUUCUAGCAAAUCAAAAUAUAAUACACUAUAAUACAGGCAAGAUUAAUAAAUUAAGUUGUUGCUCCCUAUCUGCUGGAUGUAAGCAACUGUUAACAACCAGAAUAAUGUGAUAAUAUGUCAAUGUUUUGUUAGAUCAAUAGUUCAACAUUUUGAGAAUUAGGCUUAUUUGCUUUCUUGCAGGGAGUUAGAUGAGAAGUUAAUGUCUGUAUGUUAAAUAUAAAGCUACUGCAAGUGGCCGAUUAGCUGAGCUUAGCAUAGAGACUGGAAAGAGGGAAACAGCUAGACUGGCUCUGUCCAAAGGUAACAAAAUUCACCUGUAUCUCAUUUUUUCAAUACAAAAAACAAAGUGUAAAAAUGACAUGUUCUUCUUCAAACGUGACGUUUUGAAAAAAGUGACAGCCCUACUUCACAGCCAGUAUUGCAGCUUGAAUGUCCUUCAAUGACUUGUAACCUCAUUUUCAGAUUCAUAUUAUUUCCUGCUCAUACCUGUUUUCUCCCUCAUACUUCCAUAGUUUGAGGAUAUGAUCCAAAUGUUUUUGCCCAAAGGUAUCCUGUCACAGAUUUUAAUCGCUGUUUUGUAUGAGACAAGAAAAAAAUGACAGCUUAUCUUAUAUACUGGUUUAUUCUCUUAGUUUUAUUCAGCCCACCUUUGUGUCUUAUUAAGAGACAGAGGUUUUGUUGUUAAAUGUUGUAAUUAACCGACAGUGAAAGCAGCAUAUUUAUCAUUUGCUUUUAUGUCACAGUACUGAAGCACAAGGUCAAAAAUCACAAUAGUCAGCCUCAGUGCAAUGUUAAAAAUAACACGCUUCCAAGUGAGGGAUGAACCUAUGAAGUCAACAUCGUUUAUUGAUUCAGACUCUUUAUAUUCUGAUUUGAUAUCAGGAGUUUGUAUUGUGUGUUUUGGCAGUUCCAGUAAAAGCAGCAGUUUGUUUCAGUUGUGUUUUGUAACCGUAGUCUGCUCUGAAGGCUUAAAACAAAAAUGCCCACAUAUUUUCCUUUAUAUUGUAAUUCAUUCUUUUUGUACCAAAUAUUUAUAGGAUACAAUGAUGAUAUUCUUGGAGGGAAAAAAAUCUAAAUACCGUCCAGCUGUACUGUUUUUUUAUGUAAUUUUGGAGGUGUGAAACUCACUGUGGGCAGUCUACCGUUGGUAUAUGAUGUAUUAUCAAGUUGUUUAAUUUUAUCAAAAUAAACUUUUACAGUGAAA